CGGCUUUCGAUUUCAAUUCCACGCUGACAAAGCAUCCAAUACUUUUCCAUUACGACCCCGCCGCCGUCUCUCCCCGUUUGCUCUCAGCAUCGCCGGAAUGUCGUCAUCGGAAUCGGCCGAAGCUCCGGCCGUCAGCAAGAAGGCGGCGAAGAAGGAGGCAGCGAAGGCGGAGAAGCUCCGCCGCCGGAUGGAGGAGGCCUCCAUCUCCAUCUCCGCCGCCGCCCAGGCCGCCGAGCAGGAGAAUGAUCCCCUCUCCGCCAACUACGGCGAUGCCCCUCUUUCCGAGCUUCAGUCCAAGUCCGAGGUGGACUUCCCCUACACCGAGGUCGGAUCCCUGGCCGAGCACCUCAAGGACCAGGUCGUCCUCGUCAGGGGCCGGGCCCAGACAAUCCGCGCCGUCGGGAAGAAGAUGGCCUUCCUGGUGGUGCGCGAGCGGGGUUUCACGGUCCAGGUCGUGGUGACGGAGCAGGCCGACGUCGUCAGCCGUCAGAUGGUCAAGUACGUGGCUGCAUUGAACAGAGAGAGCAUAAUCGACGUUGAAGGCAUCGUGUCCGUACCGGCCGAACCCAUCAAGGGAGCUUCCCAGAAGGUUGAAAUUCAAGUUCGUAAGCUUUACUGCAUCAGCAGAGCUGUCCCAACACUCCCCAUCAACCUCGAGGAUGCAGCUCGAAGUGAAGCUGAGAUCCAGAGGGCUUUGGAGGCUAAAGAGCCAGUCGUUCGGGUCAACCAGGACACGAGGUUGAAUAACAGGGUUCUUGACAUGCGAACCCCUGCUAAUCAAGGGAUUUUUCGCAUCCAGAGUCAAGUCGGAAAUAUAUUUAGGCAGUUCCUCUUGUCUGAAGGCUUUGUUGAGAUCCACACCCCAAAGCUAAUUGCUGGAUCAAGUGAAGGUGGUUCUGCUGUCUUUAAGCUGGACUACAAAGGGCAACCUGCUUGUUUGGCUCAAUCACCUCAACUUCAUAAGCAGAUGUCCAUCUGUGGAGAUUUUGGGAGGGUAUUUGAGAUCGGUCCUGUUUUCAGGGCAGAGGACUCCUACACACACAGGCAUUUGUGUGAAUUUACUGGUCUUGAUGUUGAAAUGGAGAUCAAGAAGCACUAUUCUGAGGUUAUGGACAUUGUGGACCGCUUAUUUGUUGCAAUGUUUGACAGCCUAAAUGAGAAGUGCAAGAAGGAGCUAGAAGCUGUUGGGAGGCAAUACCCCUUUGAACCUCUGAAGUACUUACGGAAGACUUUGCGACUUACUUUUGAAGAAGGGGUUCAAAUGCUCAAGGAUACUGGCGUGGAGAUUGAUCCUCUAGGAGACCUUAACACCGAGUCAGAGAGAAAACUUGGCCAGCUUGUUCUGGAAAAGUAUGGCACUGAAUUCUACAUCCUCCACCGAUAUCCUUUGGCUGUUCGGCCAUUCUAUACCAUGCCAUGCUAUGACAAUCCUGCGUACAGUAACUCAUUUGAUGUCUUUAUAAGAGGUGAGGAGAUAAUUUCAGGAGCUCAGCGUGUCCACGUCCCAGAAUUGCUCGCAGAACGUGCACAGGCAUGUGGAAUUGAUGUGAAUACAAUCUCCAGUUAUAUCGAUUCUUUCAGGUAUGGGGCACCUCCUCAUGGAGGCUUCGGGGUUGGAUUGGAACGCGUUGUUAUGCUCUUCUGUGGGCUCAAUAACAUCAGGAAGACAUCACUCUACCCUCGCGAUCCACUGAGGAUCACCCCAUGAGGAGCGGAUUUGGAAUUUUUAGUUGUUCGACCACCGUUUUGCCAUUUACUCUGGCAUAGUACUGCCCAAAAGUAGAAAGAGCUACGACAUAUCUGUUCUAUUCUCAUUUACCGUCUCAAUCGUACUCUUAGUCGAAACUUUUAUGUACUCUGAUAACACAAGCAUACUGAAGUUUCUGCAUAGAAAAUACCUAUAUUGAUCCUAUGUUAUUGCA